AUGAAAAUCCUUAUCGAUACAACUUAUUUGGAUGGUGAAGAUAAGAAUGCUCUACACGUUAGCGCGAUUCUGGGGUGUGCACAAUCGGUGCAAGCAAUUCUGUCCCAUGAACAGUUUAUGCAGCCAGGACGCGGCAAUCGCUCUUUCCUUCACGAGAUGUGUUUAGCUCGAGAUCAAAAUGGCAGGAACUUCCUGCAUCUGGCGGUGAUCCAUGGCAGAUUGAGCAUCCUCGAGAUGAUACGAGGUAAUGCGUGGCUGAUGCAAGUAGCUCUAGAGAAGGCAGACAGAAGAGAGACCAUUUUACAUCUUUGUGUCAAGUAUAACCAGUUGGGUGCCCUACAGUCUUUGUUGCAGAUUCCGAACGAUCCCGAGUUCUUAAGCUUUAAAAACGAAGGGAGGCAGGGGAUUAUAAUUCACUUGAUACGACAUGCGAAGGGAAUUAUCAGCAUAAAGAAUGCGAAUGGAAAAACUGCACUGGACCUUUUCUUGGCACAGGCUAAAUUACCACCGCGGAAUUUCUUUCCGUACAAAAGCAACAGAAUGCAGUUCCUGCGAACCAUAGCUGACGGAGAAAUCAGAGAUGCUCUAAUAAACUCUGAUGCAAUGAGCGGUGAGGAUGUCUCCGAUUUCACCUUGAAUGAGUAUCUCCGCAAGAGAGUGGAGAAGAGUAAAGACGCGAUAAUGAUUGUGGCUUCUGUUAUUGCAACAAUGGUUUUUCAAGCUAUGAUAAACCCACCAGGAGGUGUCUGGCAAGAUGAUUUACUUGAAGUAGCGUUUAUAUCAUCAUUAACGACAAUUCUAACGCUGGUGAUGGGACAGACCAAAGAGCCGGGAGUGAUUCUUUCUCUUUUGCUAUUGGUUAUUGUCGUGCCAGUAACGGCGAUUCCUUCAGCUUAUAACUAUUCUGUUCAGGCAAUGGUACCGGAAUCAGCAAGGCAUUUGAGUGACACUGGUGGUAGCGAGCCUCCCUUUGAUCCAUUUCGUUUAUUAUAUCUUUCAAAGCAUUCUUCAUUCAUGGUAACAACAGGUGACAAUGAUGGCCUCAGUGAAGGUCUCUUCCCGUCAGGGCCAUUGAAUUUGAUUGAUCCAUUGAAUUUUACUUGCAGCUAA